UGAGAAACAAAACAGAUCUAACCUCUCAACUGAAUCCAAUGGAAGUCCUCCAAUAUUUUCAUAUGAAUGGUGGCACUAGUGAAACAGGUUACGCUUCCAACUCAUCCCUGCAGAAAAGAGGUAUCGAAGUGACAAAGCCAAUAAUACAGGAAGCCAUACUGGAGAUCAUUAACUCGAUUUCUUCGGGGAAGGAUAUCCCUAAGAGUAUAAGUAUUGCAGAAAUGGGCUGUUCUUCAGGACCCACUGCGUUGUUGGUUGUUUCCUACAUUAUAGACACAAUAUACAACAACUAUGGUGCCCUUAGUGGUUCUCCUCAUCCUGAGAUUCUCGUAUUCCUCAACGACCUUUCAAGCAAUGACUUCAACUUAAUUUUUAAAUCCCUGCAAGGUUUUUACGAUCAACUCAAGAAAACAUAUAACAGUUUAGGUGAUGCUGACGACGAUCAGAAGCAACACCGAUGCUUUGUUGCAGGAAUCCCAGGUUCGUUUUAUGGCAGACUCUUUCCGAGCCGCAGCCUCCAUUUUGUUCAUUCUUCUUACAGUCUCCACUGGCUGUCUCAGAGUCCACAGGGAAUCAAGAAGAGUAAUAAGGGCAAUGGUUACAUGGCAGAAUCGAGCCCACCAUCAGUCCUAGAAGCAUACCUGAAGCAGUUCGAAAGAGAUUUCUAUUCUUUUUUAAAAUGUCGAUUUGAAGAAAUUGUAAAGGGAGGAAGACUGGUGCUAACGGUCUGCGGUAGAGCUGACGAUACCAGUCCGUCUCGCGAAAUGCGUUGUUUCGGGUGGGGGUUAUUAGCAGAGGCACUCAGAGAGAUGGUCUCACAGGGAAAGAUUGAAGAGGGGAAAUUAGAUUCAUUUAACAUGCCUCUGUAUAUACCAUCUCCUUCGGAGGUGAAAUCGGUAAUACUUAACGAAGGAUCAUUUAUCAUUAACCGACUAGAAACAUUUGAAGUGACAUCAGGCGAAGCUUUUCUUCUCAAGGAUGAAGACGACGAUGAUGACUAUAAGAUAACUGCAGGUAAGAAUUUUGCGAACUUCACGAGAGCUUUAUCAGAAUCCUUAGUUGUGAGUCACUUUGGGGAAGAGAUAAUUGAAGAAUUGUACAAGAGGUGUAGGGAGAUCGUUGCACCCCGCUUGUCCAGAGACCGAAGUAUGAAAAAUAAGCAUAUUUCCAUUGUCAUCUCCCUGACAAGGGAGUGACGAAGUUACAAACCAUUUCAUAUAUGAAUAUUUUUGUUUA